CUCUCAGGGCACCUAGGGAACGACUGCAGGCACCCGCCGGCCUGCAGUGGGAGCCGCGAGCCAGAGAAAAAAAACAGGAGGCGGGCGGCUCGGCCUCCGCACCGCUCCGGGCCCCGCCACAAGCUGCCCAUCCCGCCGAAAGGCGGGACGAAGCCCGACCUAGGGAGGAGCGCUUCGGCCGCCCUUGCUAAAGAUGGCGCCGCGGCUGUGGAGGGGCGCUCCCCGCCUCCUGGCGCGGGGCGCCGGCAGAUGACGUCCUCGCGCCGUGCGAAGCGAGCCUGGGGAUUCCCCGUGUUGUUGUCCUGGGGCCCGGCGGGAUGGGAGGCCGGAGUGCGGGGCGGCGCGGCCGGCGCUGAUGGCGGCUCGCUGGGCAGCCCGCGGCUCCGAGCCGGGGCCGGGGGUGGACGAGUUCACCGUCCCUGCGGAGAAGAGCCGCCUCCUGGAGGGGAGCCGGGGCCGCAUCGAGGGCUUGUUCGAGGUGCGGCUGGCCGUGCUGGGGGCGCAGGGGGACUGGCGGCCCGCGAUCCCGCCGCCGGGCCCGCCGCCCGCCGCCGCCAGGAUCUGGGUGCAGCUGGCGGGCGGUGGGAAGGCCGUGCGCAGCGCCAAGGAGUAUAUUAAGGGACUCUGUGAACCUGAACUAGAAGAAAAGGAGGGUUACCCAAAGGACAUGCACUGCAUCUUUGUUGGUGCACAGAGCCUGUUUCUCAACAGCCUUAUUCAGGACACCUGUGCUGAUAUAACAGUGCUGGAAAUAGGAUUGCUCAGUAUUAAGGGGGGUGCAGAAGCUGUUGUCAUGGCUCAAAGUCAUGUUCAGCAGCUUGUGAAGCUUUUUGAGAAUAAUGAAAGCUUAUUAAGUGACAAUGAAUCAGAGAUUAAAAAGCAAUUCAGACAGUUUGUGGAAGCACAUGCAGAUAAAUAUACAAUGGAUUUACUGAUUUUGCCUAGCUCACUAAAAAGAGAACUCCUAGCUCUCACACAAAUGGAAUGUUAUGAAGUGGAGAGCAAUAUCAUAGAUCUUACAGGUUCUGAAAGCCCAACAGAGCUUUUACAGAACAAAGCCUCCAAAGUAAUCGCUACAAACAGAGAUGGAAGAGCAGGUGGUGAGGAAGCAAGAAACAAUGCUGGGACACCUGUAACUGAGCUUACAAAGCAAAUGGACACUGUGUUUUCUGAUGCUCCUGAAACAAGUUUUAUUCCUAUAAAUGUUGUGCCUCUGUUAGAGGCAGUGGUGUCUAAAGAAAGGCAAUCAUGUAAAAGAAGAUCUUCUGAUGAUGAGGAAAGGCUCCCUAAAAAGCAAUUCUCCUUGGAAAAUGAUCAGGAAGUGAAAUCUCCUUCACACAGUAAUCCCUCAGACAGCAAUGUAGUUAUUGAUCUGCUUUCGGAUAGCUGCAGUGAAUCAGAUGAACCCAGUUAUUGCCUUAAAGAAGGUGAUGAUAUCAAUGAGGAAAUGGAAUAUAAGAUCCUUGUGAACUUUUUCAGAACAAUGGGAUAUUCCCAAAAUAUUGUAGAAAAAGUUAUUGGUAUUCUAGGACAAUCUGUGGAACCAUUAACAUUGCUAGAAGAAAUCGAAAAGGAAAAUUUAAAAUUUCAAAAAGAACAGGAACAGUCAUCUCAAAAGCCUAGAACUAUCAAUCCUCCUUUGGGAAAUAAUGCAAAUAAUUCACAAAAGCUAGAAGGCAAAGGCAUUUCUAGCAAUAAAAGUCCACUUAAAUCCAGUCAUACUUCAAAGGAGACAAAAAAUAAGUAUCACAAAAUAAGAGAUGCACCAAACGUGCAAGUUGAUGAAGAAGAUAAAAUGCAUAUGUUGGUAUGCAAACCUGCUUCUCCUUCCAGUAAAAAUUCAGCUAUGUGCUAUAAACAAAGAGACAUUUAUUGCCCUGGUAGGAAUCUCAGUUCAAGGUCAAGUGAUAUAGAAACUGAUGGAGGUGUAACUUUCAGCACUGUACAAGCUGGAGCUCUAAAAGAUGUUGAUUUUGUAGCCAGAGGGAGCUCAGAUAUGGCGCGUAUUUCACCUAAGACUAAAACUGCAGUUCAGCAAAAAUCUGCAGGGCCCUCAACUGUACAGAAUAGUCAUCCUAGUUUUGAGGACCAAUUAGGACACUGCAGCUCUUCUCAAGUGAGAUCUCUCAACCAACGCCUUUCCCAAACCUCAAAUUCUGAAAAUCCUAUCCCAGACCAGGUAUUGUCUUCACAAAUACAUCCUUCAAAUCCUGAUAGAGAGACAGUGGGACCACACAGACGUCAUCCUGAUCCUUCAGUUACUGGAGUUCAAAGAUUUUUGGAAUCUCUGAAAAAGCCAUACAGAUUGGAAUUGAAAAAUGAACCUGGGAAACCAUAUUUAAAACAUAUCAUUAUUGAUGGAAGCAAUGUUGCAAUUUCUCAUGGUCUAAGGAAGUUCUUCUCCUGUCGAGGAAUCGCAAUAGCUGUUGACUACUUUUGGAAACGUGGCCACAGAAAUAUUACUGUGUUCGUUCCACAGUGGAGAACAAGACGUGAUCCUUACAUUACAGAGCAGGAUUUCUUAACACAGCUGCAGGAUGUUGGAAUAUUGUCUUUAACCCCUGCAAGGAUGGUUUUAGGAGCAAGAAUUGCUGCUCAUGACGACAGGUUUUUAUUACACCUUGCUGAUAAAACUGGAGGUGUUAUUGUGACUAAUGAUAACUUCAGAGAAUUUGUGACAGAAUCACUUGCCUGGAGAGAAAUUAUUCAAAAAAGGUUGCUCCAGUACACUUUUGCUGGUGACAUAUUUAUGGUUCCUGAUGAUCCUUUGGGAAGAAAUGGACCUAGAUUAGAUGACUUCCUUCGAAGUGAAGGCUGUUCUAGAGAUUUUUGGUCAGCACAAAAGGCUUUACAGAGCAGUGGACAAUAUUCUUCUGAGACACCUUUCUUCGUACCAGUCCCCAAACCAACCAGUAGCAGUCGACAGCCUAAAAACAGAGUACAUGGUGAUCAUUCAUCAACAUGGCUUCCACUGGAAACAAACAUACAGGCUUGUCUGGCAAUUCCACCACAGAGAUCUGCCUCAGAAACAGUACAGCUCAGAGAAGCCCUGAUAAAAAUUUUUCCUGAUUAUGAGCAAAGACAGAAGAUUGAUCAAAUACUAGCUGAUCAUCCAUUCAUGAGAGAUCUUAAUGCACUGUCUGCCAUGGUGCUUGACUGAAUAUUAUACAGGGGUUUUAUCUCACAACUGAUCUUGACUAACUUUGAAUACCAAUGUGAAGAAAAAUGCUCUGUCAUGUUACUUUGUGAAUAUUCAGAACCUAAUUUUAUUUGUAUAAACAAAGGUAUUUUUUGUGUAUGUUCUGUUGCUAAUAGAUGCCAGUUUUUGGUAAAUUAAAAACUGCUGCUACUACA